AUGAGUAGUUUACAAUGGAAGAAACUGAAAGUCUUGGGAGCAGAUUUUUAUGGCACUGUUUAUCUUGCAACUGUUGUUGAUACACAAACACCAUAUCAGAGCUUCAUUGCUGUGAAGAGCUCUAUUCCCAGGUUGGCAUUCUCACUAAAGAAAGAAGAACAAAUUUUUAAAUCAUUGUGCAAAGGUGAAAGUGGUGGUUGCGAAGAAAUCAUUGGAUGCUUUGGAACUGAGACCACAAGAAACCUCUUCCGGAGACCGACACAAAGAGAGUGCAAACUAUCAAUUGAAGAUCGCGGAGUCCGAUUAUCUAAGACCAAAAAGGAGGAAGCAGAUGUCGUGGUUUGGAAGUCCAAGCCUAGAGGUACGUCGUCGUACUUGUCGUCGGAGGCAUUUUCCAGUCAUAUUGAUACUCCGAUAGAUAUAUGGGCACUUGGCUGCAUAGUGAUUGAAAUGCUAACUGGAUUGUUUGCAUGGGGGUGA